AUGGUUAAACUUCAAUUACAAAAGGAUAAAAUUUUCGAAGAGAAAGAACGUUUGAUGGCACAAUUAAAUUGUGCUAAAAAUUCUGUUGUUAAAUGUGAACAACAUUCUAAAGAUCUUAGCAUACAAUUACAAACGUUUCAAACGGAAAAUAGCCAUUUGAAAAAAGAAUUAGAAAUAGUUAAAAAAGAAAUGAGAAAUAAUAAACAGAAUUCAAGUGCAAAUGAAAUAAAAUUAAAUAGAACACUAGAAGAAGUUGAAAGGUUAAAAACAAUAAUACAACAAAUGAAACAAGAUGAAAAAGAUUUUAAAGAGUUAAGUAGGAAAAAAACAGAAGAUUUAACUAAUUCAGUUAAAAAAUUAGACAAACAACGUUUGGAAUUAUUAAACGGUUUUAAAAAACAACUUUUACUCAUUGAUAAUUUAAAAAAACAAAAGGGUUUAAUCGAAGCGUCUAAAUUAUUGCAAUCAUCCGAAAGUGAUUUUUUUAAUUUUCUCAAUUCGAAUUUUCCAAAUAUUUUAACGGAAAACAACGAUUCGGAAACCGUUAAAAAAGUUAUAUUAAAACCGUGA